AUGCAGGGCUUCAAUAUGGGGCGGUAUUAUCCGCCCGAUGCUUCUAACCCCCCGAGCUUCAACAAUACCUCGCACCCUCUUGGCAAGCGCGCAAACAAGAUCUCUCAGGGUAUCCUCACCGUCCGCUUCGAGCUUCCGUUCGCCGUAUGGUGCGACCACUGCAGUCCUCCUGCUAUCAUAGGUCAGGGUGUGCGUUUUAACGCCGAGAAAAAGAAGAUUGGCAACUACUACAGCACGCCGAUAUGGAGCUUCCGCAUGAAACACAGUGCAUGUGGCGGGUGGUGGGAAAUUCAAACAGAUCCAAAGAACAGCGAGUACAAGGUUGUCGAGGGGGCACGGCGACGAGACUAUGGGCCAGGCAAUGCAGGACCAGAAGCUGAGGGCGACCUCAAGUUUUUGACUGAAGAGGAACGGCAAAAGCGGAGGGAGGAUGCUUUUGCAAACCUCGAGGGAAAACUGGAAGACAAGGGGAUUGAGAAGAAAAACAAGGAGAGAGUUGAAGAACUAUACGAUAAGAGCGAAGUUUGGCGGGACCCGUACGAUGUCAACGCGCGGCUUAGAAAAGACUUUCGCGCAAAAAGGAAGGUGUGGAAGCAGGAAGAAAAACACAAAGAAGGCAUGCAAGAUAAAUUCAGUCUUGGAAUCGAUAUUGCAGAUGAGACAGAGGCAGAUCGCAUGCGUGCUGGCUUGGUCGAAUUUGGCGCAAGCGCCUCGGGGGAUUACGAGCUUGGAGAUGCGUCGUGGAAGCCACUUUUUGCGCAAGAAAACAACAUCAAGACUACAGAGCCAGUUGGAAAAACAAAGAGGCUGAAGGCUGAGAUAGCUGCAGAGAAGAGUCGACAGGGCUUACAGCAAACACUGGUCGGCAAUACCCGAGCAGCGAUUGAUCCAUUUCUCUCAAAAGACAGUGGUCCAGCAUCGAGAGUCAAUUUGGGUAUCAUAAAGAGGAAGAGAGACUCUACAGUUAAGGAGACAAGUACCACGACGCCGUCUGUCAAGACGGAUGACACGGUUCCAGCCAAGAAGCCUGAUUUGCUAUCAGCACUGGUGGGCUAUGAUUCGGACUGA